AUGGUGGAGCCGCACCUCUUCACUGGACCGGAGUUCGUGCUGGAGGUCCCGCUGGAGCACCCGCAGCCGCUGCAGCCAAGUGUAUUGCUGCAGCUGCAGACGGAGCUGUAUAACCUUCUCACACCGACUGUGCGCCGCAAGCUGCAGGCAACGUACGGAGGCAGCAGCAGCAGCAGCAGCAGCGGCGGCGCGGUGCCCCCGCCCCCCGAUCGUCUUCUCUUCAUUGACGCUGCGGCGACGCCCCUGGCAGACGCGGUCGGGGAGGAAAAAUAUGUUCAGCUUCUUCUUCUUGUCACGGACUCGCGUGCGGCGGCGGAGCUUUUCAGCAUUGGGCUGAAGAAUCCUUUUAUUGCCCUGCCGCACCGCAUGCGGCUGCGCAACCAGUACGCGGGCAGUGGUGGAAAGCCCCGUGGCACGCCUGCGGAGAUCUUGCGAAGGAAGGAAUCCCUGCGGUCCCGCAUGAACUUCGACGAGGACCUGUGGGAGACGCUGCAGAGGUCCCUCACGCCGGAGUGGCUGCAGGAGUUUGAGUCGCGGCACUGCCAACUCCCUGCAGCAGACGGGGUGGCGGCCCCCAUGCGUGACACAGAGCGCCAUGCGCAGCGCGUGGAGGGGGUGCUGCGGUUCUGCGAGCGGGAGGUGCAGUACGUUGGCGUGAUGGACGAGGAGGGCAACGCGAGCCCCUUCCUGCAGGCGAUGGGGGUUUUCUACCGCCUCGGGCUCAGCUACCGGGACGCGCUGGUGCACUUUGUGCGGCACCCGCGGCGCCCAAUUCGGGCCCUGGCGCUCUUCAUCGCACGCUACACCGCCGCCCCGGAGGAGCUGGAGCCCUUCUUCGCCCCCUCCCUCACCGACGAGGUGACGAUUGCCUGCGCCGAGGACGCGAGUGUGACGACGUCCAUGCGGCAGCUCUGCGCCGACCUCCUGCUGUGCGACGAGGUGUGCGAGGCGUGGCCGCCGACCUACCACGCCUACUGGGUGGAGCACAAGCUGCGCCCCAUGAUGCACCGUGUCGAGGCGGAGUGGAAACGGCGCGAGGAACUGCGGCAGGCGCGCGCGGGCGACGGCGGCGACGCGCGUGCGGCGGCCACCCCCCCGGGCAACGCAGCGGGAGGGAAAACGGCCGCGAGGGUGCGGGGGUCGGGCACGGGCGUCGGCGUCUUUGGCUUCCGGAACCUGGCGGAGCUGCAGGCGUACGUGCAGGAGAAGGAGCGGGUGCUGGUGCCGCAGCGCAUCCUCUCAGUCGCGGCGGCCCCACCGGAGGGCGGCCUCGACGACGUCUACGGCCGCGACGACGACGACGGCGGCGACGACGACGACGACGACUUCCUGAUCAAAGUGCGGGUGGAGGGUGACGGUGCGAAGAGCGCGGCCCACCCUCCGCCAAGAGCCGCGGAGGAGGCGCAGGGGCGGCCGCGGGGCGCGGAGCGGCGUAAGCGGGCGCGGGAGUCGGCCGUCACCACCAACACCCGCGCCCUGGUGGUGACGGGGGCGUACCGCACGGUGCUCCGCCUGCUCGGCCGCACCGAGCCGUUUGACAGGCGCGGGGAGCACUACUUGGCGUUCUGA